ACUUUAUGAAAUUCACACUUCCGGUUAAGGAACAACAACAUUCGUUUCAACACGUGGAGAUGGGAAAGCAGAAAACGACCAUGAAAAUGCUACAAACGAAGGCAAAAAAGAAAGGAAUUAAGAAAACAAAGAGUUUUAAUGGUGAGAAAAAGAAACCACCACAAGCUGUAGACAUGGGUGACGAUAUGAUUGACAGUGAUGAUGAAAAUAAGGUUGAUGAUAGCGAUGAUGAGAUAGUAAAGGAUGAUGUCAUAAGUGACGAUGAUAGUGAAUCAGACGAGGAAGGACUGAAUGAUGUCUCUGAUGGUGAAGAUGAAGAGGAUGGUGAUGUUGAUGAUGAGGAAGAGGAUGAUGAUGACGAUGAGGAAGAAGUUGUUGAAAAGGACAGCAAGAAAAGGAAACUAAAUUCACAUCAGGCAGACAUUGCCACGUCAUCGUCAAAGAAAAAAUUAAAAACAGAAGAUGGAACAGAAGAACAAAAAUUACCAGGAACAACACUAGGGGGAGGUAUUCUGACAGACACUUCCUUCUCCUCACUAGAGGGCACUGUGUCUGACCUCACCUUGAAGGGAAUUGCAGACAUGGGCUUCCUCCAAAUGACAGAGAUCCAGGCGAACACAGUUCCUCACCUUCUGGAGGGAAGAGAUUUAAUGGGGGCUGCUAAGACAGGAAGUGGAAAGACGUUGGCGUUCCUGUUACCGGCCGUGGAACUUCUCUACAAACUCAAGUUCAUGCCUAGGAAUGGUACGGGAUGCAUCAUAAUCUCUCCAACUCGCGAGCUCUCCAUGCAGACAUUUGGGGUUUUGAAGGAAUUACUGAAGUACCACUGCCACACGUACGGUCUGAUAAUGGGCGGGACGAGUCGAGCGGAAGAGGCGAAGAAACUUGGGAAGGGAAUCAAUAUCCUGGUGGCCACGCCUGGGCGAUUACUAGAUCAUUUACAGAACACCCCAAACUUUAUGUACAAAAACCUACAAUGUCUAAUUAUCGACGAGGCGGACAGAAUUCUGGAGAUUGGAUUUGAAGAAGAAAUGAAACAGAUCAUGAAGCUUCUCCCCAAGCGGCGACAGACGAUGUUAUUCUCAGCCACUCAGACUAGGAAGGUAGAAGACUUGUCCAGGAUUUCACUGAAGAAGGAGCCACUGUACAUCGGUGUGGAUGACCGCAAAGACAGCGCCACGGUGGAGGGCCUGGAACAGGGUUACGUGGUUUGUCCAUCAGACAAGAGAUUUCUUCUCCUGUUUACCUUCUUGAAAAAGAAUCGGAAAAAGAAAGUGAUGGUUUUCUUCAGCUCGUGUAUGGCUGUCAAGUACUACCACGAGCUACUGAACUACAUAGACAUCCCAGUCAUGUGUAUUCACGGAAAGCAGAAACAGACCAAGCGAACCCAGACAUUCUUCCAGUUCUGUAAUUCUAAGGAGUCAAUAUUGUUGUGUACCGAUGUAGCAGCCCGAGGUCUAGACAUCCCUCGGGUGGACUGGAUUGUUCAGUAUGACCCACCAGAUGACCCUAAGGAGUACAUCCAUCGUGUCGGUCGAACAGCACGAGGAGAGGGUGGAGUCGGUCACGCUCUGUUGAUUCUACGCCCUGAGGAGUUGGGAUUUCUUCGAUAUCUGAAGCAUGCCAAAGUCCCGCUGAAUGAGUUUGAUUUCUCCUGGAGUAAAAUUUCCAACAUACAGGCUCAGUUAGAGAAACUGAUAGAGAAGAAUUACUUCCUCCACAAGUCAGCACAGGAAGCUUACAAGUCUUACAUCCGGGCCUUCGCCUCCCACAGUCUUAAAAAUAUCUACGAUGUCAACACCCUGGAUCUCCAGAAGGUGGCGCUAUCGUUCGGCUUCCAUAACCCGCCCUAUGUAGACUUGGAUGUUCAUGGAAAGAAGGGAGGUAAAAGUAUGAGCCACAGGAACAAACCUGGUGGAUUUGGUUACCAUAGAGACAAGUUACAAAACAAAGCCAAAAUAUAUAAACCAUUGAAAAGCAAAGGGCACGGCAAACGGCAGUUUAGUCGGUGACCCAUGCAAGUAUGACAGUGACCUAUGAACUUCAGCAGAUUGUCGAUGAGGUGUGAUUAUGAGGGCAUUGUGGGAUUGCUCUGACAGCAGUUGUUCUAAUCAGAAGAAAACAAUGUUUGUUCACUUGAAAUUCAUGUUUUAAUUCAAGUGAAAAAGGAGAUGUGUUUCUGCAGCCAUGCUAUAUAUGUAAAUUAACAUUAAAAUUUAUGUGCAGGAACUUAAACAUCUUUAAAAGUGCAUUGUGCAAAUUAACAUGUUCGUAAUCAAGUUUUGUCAACAUAAGAAUUUCCUUUCUAGGACUACUAUACUUGUCUUAUUUUAGCGGAAUUUAAACUUUAGCUGCUUUGAGGAUGAAGGAAGAGAUUUGAUUUAUGCCUGUGCUAGAAUAAAAAACAAUCUCUGUAUAUCCAUUCUUAUACAUAUUAGAAGCUCUAAAUCAUGUUGACGCCAAUUACAUGUACAUGUACUACAUUAAUGUCAACUGUGUUAAAUUUUAAGUUCGCCAAAUUAAUUAGCAAAAAAUAAAUGAAUUACAGAAGAAAAAAAUUAAUUAGACAUACAGUAUUUCUCUGUUGUGCUUGUGCUGAGACAGUAUGUAGUAAUUUUUUGUGUACUGAUUACAUAGUUAAGUUAAAGACUAUGAAUUGUUACCACUGGCAUACUAUGAGUGGGUAUUUUUUUCUCUCUACAGAAUUCACAGGACUCAUGAAAUCAGUUUGUACAUGGUCAAAUAGAUUUAUUUUAAUGUCGCAAAUCUUUGUCCAUCUGAUACGUUAAAUGUGUUGUUUUGUAACAAUAGAUUAUAUUAUACAUUGGGAAACAGUUUCAUCAAUAAAUUAUGUAAACCUUUCGGUCGUAAA